AUGGCUGCCGCGAUCGAGGAAAAGCGCCGAGCAACAUCUGCUGCAGUUGCGGCAGUACAGGCUGGCGGAGGGAAGCGGCGCAUAACCGACUACUUGGAGGGAGAUGCCUCUGCGGCUAAGCGGGAUGCUCACGAGGGCCUUGCGCUGAUGUUUGCGGCCUGCAGAAUCCCGGAGGUCACCAUGGACCACCCGCUGUUCAUCAACGCCAUGCUGCUCGUCAACCGCACCGGCAACGGCUACGUCCCCCCCAGGAGGACUUUCAUUGGCGGGGCUGGACUGGUCGCUGUCCGCAAAGGGAUUGAGCAGGGGCUGGUGGGGAUUAAAUCGAGCUGGAAGAAGACGGGGGUAACAAUUGCGUCCGACAUGAUGACGGACAAAUGUGGGAGGGCGCAAGCGAACGUGCUUCUGAUCAACGACUCCGGCGCCGUCUUCAGGGAGGCGAUCGACUGCGGUAUGGAGCGGAAGACGGGGGGAUACAUAGCGGGGAUUCUGCAGCCGGUGGUGGAGGAGGUAGGACCAGAAAAUGUCGUCGCGUUUUGUAUGGAUGGGGGGUCGAACUAUGCCGUGGCUGUCCAGGAGCUGAUUGCCAAGUGGCCCCACAUUCAGCAGGUCCCUUGUGCCACGCAUGUGAUGGAUCUCCUCCUGGAGGACGUGGGAAAGAUGGGGUGGGCAAAAGGGGUGGUGGAUCGGACUGGGGAGAUGAGUUCGUUCGUUCGCAACCAUCAUUGGACGCGCGCUUACCUGAGGACCAAGGAGUUGGUGGAGGGGAAGGUGCUGCAGCCGCUGAAGCCAGCAGGAACACGGUUCGGGACACAAUACAUUGCUGUGUCCCGCCUUGCUUACCGAGGAUGUCAACAACAUCUGGACGAGGAUGAGCAGCAGCUGAGUAGCGCGGACAAGGAAAAGAUCCGCAGCAUCAUCAAGGACCGCUGGGAUAACUACCUCGCCUGCGCCAUGCACGUUGCUGGCCGAAUCCUCAACCCCGCCAACCAGGAGGAGGAUAUCUUUGGCAGCGACGCCGAAUGCACCCGGGUUUUCAAGGCGUUAAUCAACCAGCACGUGGAGUUCCUCAUCGGCAAUGACGGGAAGGGGAGGGAUGAGGGUCCAGAUUACUUGCUUGCCUUGGGUGACGGGCUGAGGGCUUUCUUGGACAUGAAAGGCAGUUUUGGGAUGCCGGAGGCGCUUGCACAAAGGGAGAAGGUGAAGGCGGGUAAGUACAGCAUGGUGAAGUGGUGGCAGUGGAACGGCACAGAUGCACCUCACCUGAUGCGCUUCGCCGUGAGGGUGCUAUCUCAGCCUGUAUCGGCAUUCCCUUGGAUUGGGGACGAGCCUCCUAUUCCCGAGGGGUACAACGGGUUGGAUGAGACGGAGGUGGAGGAGGAGGAAGGCGACGAUGACGUCCUGGAGGACGAGUACGCUUAG